CUGAAUAUUCAUUGGCGCGUGGCUGACAGCGCGCGCGAGGGGAGCGGGGCUCCUCACCAGCGACGUCUCCGCUUCAGCGAGCUGCCGGUGGAGGAUGUGUGCUUCUGUCCAUUCUCAGCCCUGACACCGACAGGCAGCCUCCGUCGGGACCCAGCGGGUUCACGCAGAGAAGCAGCCUCCGUCAUGAUGGAGUCUAUUUUAGACAGUUUAACGGCAGAGAAACUCUACCCCUCCGGAGGGAGCAACCUGUUGGACCUGGAGGAACUCAGCGACGGCGACUUCCUCUCAAAUGUGCCUUUUUCAGGCGACCAGAUGGACGACUUCAGCAGUGAGUUAUUCAACAGUUUCUUUGACGACCACCUAUUAGAGCGACCCCUUCUGGCAGACAGGCCUUCACCCCUGCACCUGGACAUGGACAGCAGUCCAGAUAUUCAAGCAGAGCACAGCUACUCUUUGAGUGAAGACUCCGCCCCUCAGAGCCCAGCCCUGUCAAUCAAAAUGGACCAAGAGUCUGAAUUUGAAUGGAACUUCAGCCAGGAUCUGUCAGCCAUCUUGGUAAAACAGGAGGAGCCAGACGUGGGUCAGAGGUUAGAUCCUCAGCCUCUGGAAGGCCCCCCACUCAUAUUAAGCCCUGCCCCUCCACACAGAGGAUCACCAUGGAAACACACGGAGCGUGAUCAAGAUGAUGUGAAGCCGAUGGCUAUAAAGGAUGAACCCAGAGAGAUUGGACAGUACCUCAGCCUUCCCAGCGAAGAUGCUCUCCAGCUGCCGCCCACCCCUCCAAGUAGUAACCAUGGUGACAGUGACGGAUCGCUCCCACCCUCCUCCCCACACCUCAACCUGCCACCAUCUUCCCCCCAACCACAACAGAGGCCAGGAGGUCGUGCCUCUUCAUCCUCCUCCUCCUCCUCAGCCAUUUCCUCUUCACCUCUCCUAACUGCCCCACAUAAGCUGCAGGGUUCAGGGCCCCUCAUGCUAACAGAGGAAGAGAAGAGGACUCUGGUGGCUGAGGGUUACCCAGUACCAAACAAACUGCCCCUCACAAAGAGUGAAGAGAAAGCACUGAAGAGAGUCCGACGGAAGAUUAAGAAUAAGAUCUCAGCUCAGGAGAGUCGACGGAAGAAGAAAGAGUAUGUGGAAUGUCUGGAGAAAAAGGUGGAGAAUUACACCUCCGAAAAUGGUGACCUGUGGAGAAAAGUAGAAAACCUGGAGACAGCCAACAGGUCUCUCUUACAGCAGCUACAGAAGCUUCAGUCACUGAUUUCAGGGAAAGUCAUCCCUCGUUCGUGUAAAAUGGCUUCAACUCAAACAGGAACGUGCCUCAUGAUGAUGGCCCUGUGCUUCGUCCUGGUGUUGGGCUCAUUUUCGCCUUGCCUCUCUCCCCUCUCCUUGCUCUCUCAUUCUUCUUCUGUGUCCUCCUCUUCAUCCUCUCAGUCCUCCCCUUCCCCUCAUUCUGCUCCGUCUGCGGACCUCUACACGACCAGUCAGGUCCGCUCCCGCAGCCUGCUUUUUUACGAUGAGCAGGCUCCACUGGAGGAAAGUUUGGCUCCGUCUGAAGGCCACUCUCACGUCCAGACACGCCGACACACAGCGGACUCUCACAGCAACCAGACAGCUGGACCCAAGUUAGACCAAAGAGAAACUCAACCAGGCAGAGUCUCAGAGUUUUUCUGACUCAUAACUUCUCGCCUCUGUCCUACUGAGAAGCCCCAAAAUGCUCCAGAUUGCCACCAUUAGCCGGUUCCAAGGCCAUUUCCAGCUGGACCGAAACUUGCCUGUGUGUACGCCACUCGUCAUCCCACUAAGUGAGCUUUGAACGAGGCUUCAGGUACUCCAGUCAUCCCAACCUCUACAUCUGGCAUCCCUCCCUUCUCUGCUUAAACAGACUCUGUUAUACUUGAAAACACUUGGAUCUUUUUUUUAAUGGAGGUUCUUGUUGGAAUUUUCAUUUUUAUGCACUAAAAAUCUACAAAUCUUUGUAUUCAGUUUAGAUACACAAUGACUAUGUGGUUUAUGAUUAUGUUUAAAAGGGCAGCCUUAAGGAGACUGUAACAAACCAAUGCCAUGCCUUUUAUACAGAAUUCUAACACCAAUAACCUUUUAGGACAAUCAGACUGAAGGUUGUUGGAUAUGAAUCGGUGAACUUAUGGUCUCAUUGGUUCUCAGCAGGGCUAAAAAUAGAUGCUGAACAUAGAAUCUUUCUGCUUAUGAAAUAAUUACU